AUGAUCAAAAAUUCAACAAGAACUCUCCUCUCUCAACUCUCCAGAAAGAGCACUCAGAAUGGAGUCGCCGCUGCUACUCUUUUUACCACCUCCCGCUCCUUCUCUACCUCUCUCUCACAAACUCUCACUCCAACCUAUCCACCUACCAACAAUUCUCACAAACUCUUCAAUACUGAGAAGGCUGGAAAGGCGAUCGGACCCUACAGCCAUUGCACUGUAUUCAAUGAAAGAUUAAUUUUCGUUUCGGGACAACUUGGUCUUGAUCCUACCAGUGGUACAUUGGUCGAAGGCUUGGAAGGUCAAUGCCAUCAAGCUCUCAAGAAUAUGCAAGCUAUUUUGGAAGGAGCUGGUAGUGGAAUGGAUUGUGUGUUGAAGACAACCAUCUUGUUGACUGAUAUGGCUCACUUUGAAGUCGUCAAUAAGAUUUAUGAAAGUUACUUCUCAAAGAAUAAGCCAGCACGUGCUACUUUUGCUGUGAAGGCUUUGCCAAAGGGAGGCGUUGUUGAAAUUGAAGCUAUUGCUUAUCAAAAAGUCACUCCUCAACAUCCAUAA